GGUUGACCAAAAAACAUUAGUUGUACUAUUUAUUAGGGUUAGAUUUUGUUGAACAUGAUAAAAAAAAUGAAAAUGAAAAAUCCAAACAGAUCCUUAGCAGUAUAGAACCAACAUGUGAGUGGUUGAUAGCUUUAGCCAAAUAACCAGUCUCGCUCAACAAAGAAAACUGUCUUCUGUACAAACUUCGCGUUUUUGUCUCUUUCUCUUAUUCCUUCUUCUUCUAUCUCUCAAUUCUUAAAACAUAGAACCCAAAAUCCUCAAUUUAGGGUUUUCGAUUCUUUAUCAAAUUCACUCUAUUCUCUUCCAUAAUCAUCAACCGUAACUCAAGUGAUAGGUGUUAGUGAUGAUGAUGAGUUCGAUUUUUUGAGUAAUUAUUCUUCAAGGUUUAAAAGGUAAAAGCUUGAUGGCUAGGAAGGGUAAUCAACAGAAGAAUGGAGUUAACCAUAAAAAAGGGGUUUCUGGUGGUGUUCUUCCGGGUAUGAAAGGUCAUGAAGGAGGGCAGGUGAAAGUUUUUCCGGCGGAGGAACUCGCAAAUGGUCUUUCGCAGAAAACGUGUGAGGCUAGUUCUGCUGGUGAUGACAAUAGCAAUGAUCGAAAAUAUGAGAAGUUUUCUCGGAAAGAUAAGCAAGGGACGAGUGCAAAGCAUGAACUACCGGAGGAAUCAUUUUCUUUUGGGAGUAGUUCAGAGAAUGGCAGCGAGAAUGUCGAAGUUCCGAUACAAGAAGGAAGUUGGAAUUUGCCUAGAAGGCCUAGAAGUAAUCAAGGUCAACAGAGUAUCAAGAGUAGAUUAAGCCAUUUAGUGGAAGGUUUACAGUUGAGAAGUAUGGUAGAAAAAUUGGAGCUUGCUGAUCAUGCGGCAAUUAGGAGAUUAAGGCUGACAGUAUUAUCCAUUUUUAUAGCAGUUACGGAGUGGCUAACUAAGCAGAAACCGUUGUUUGUAUCUAUUAGAACUACCGUUUUAGAAGCUUGCGCUAAUUUCAGGGCAAAGUUUAAGAAAGCAUAUCCAGUUGUUCUGACGUGGCUCAUGCACUUUGGGAACAUAAUCCUUCUAUUAUCACUGUUUUGGUUGGAUUGUGCUGUUCGGGGUAUUGAUUCAUUUGUACGAUUGGGUACAGCAUCCUUCUUCUCUGUUAUAUGGUGCAGCUUAUUCUCCCUGAUCAGUAUGAUAGGGAUGCUCAAGUUUCUGGUUGUCCUGGGUGUGGCUACCUUGAUUGGAUAUUUUGUUGGCUUUGUGCUUGCAAUUUUGGUGGUUGCUGUCAUUGGAGUUAUUAUGUUGUGGUUUUAUGGUAGCUUUUGGACAACUUCAUUUUUCCUCAUCCUUGGAGGAUUGGCAUUUAUGUCACGUCAUGAUCGUGUGGCACUUUUUAUCGCAACUGUGUAUUCUGUCUAUUGUGCUUGGCUGUAUGUUGGGUGGCUUCGUCUGUUCUUGGCUUUUAAUUUAGCUUUCAUCUCGAGUGAUGUUCUGGUAUACUUCCUCAAGAAAAACAUAGAUCAACAGAGUAGAUCGAAUUCAUUUGAGCAAAGAGCUGGAAUGAACAGUCAACCAGGUUUUGGAAAUGAUGAAUCAAUGCCGGCAUCUUCCUCUGAGAAUGGACCAGGGCCAUUUGCAGACCGUAAUGCAGGAGUCCCUUCAACCAGUGGAGUUGACUCUGAUGUAACUUCUGAAGAUGAAGUUGUUCGAUUGUUGAACUGUUCCGAUCACUAUUCAGCACUGGGCUUGAUGCGCUAUCAAAAUAUAGAUGUUUCAAUACUGAAGCGGGAAUACAGAAAGAAGGCAAUGUUGGUACAUCCUGAUAAAAAUAUGGGUAAUGAAAAAGCCGUAGAAGCCUUUAAGAAACUUCAAAAUGCAUAUGAGAUUCUAAUGGAUUCCUUGAAGCGAAAAGCUUAUGAUGAUGAGCUAAGGAGAGAAGAGAUUCUUAAUGUAUUCAACAGAUUUAAUAAUGCUCCCCGUCGGAAUAGUAGGCAUGGAUUCUUUUCUUCUGGGUUUGCACAUUCAGAUGCAGAUGGUGAGGAGCCAUUUGGUGAUUCAAGGCGAAUAGCUUGCAAAAGGUGUGGUGGCUUUCAUCUCUGGAUACACACCAAGAAACAAAAGUCUCGGGCAAGAUGGUGCCAGGAUUGUCAAGAUUUUCACCAAGCCAAGGAUGGUGAUGGAUGGGUUGAACAAUCUUCCCAACCAUUUCUUUUUGGCUUAUUACAGAAGGUAGACGCUCCUUCUGCUUAUGUGUGUGCAGAUAGCAAAAUAUUUGAUGCCACUGAAUGGUAUAUCUGUCAGGGUAUGAGAUGUCCAGUAAAUACGCACAAGCCAAGUUUUCAUGUGAACACCAGUAUAAUGUCGAAAAAUACUCCCGGCAAAGGAACUAGCUCUUCAACGCCUAGAGGUGGGCGAGUGCCGACACCUCCUAAUAUGCCAACACCUAAUUUUGAAGAAAACAUGACCGAGGAAGAAUUUGUCGAGUGGUUACAGAAUGCAGUACAAUCAGGUGUGUUCGACAAUUUCAGUGGCGGCACUGCAACAGACAGCCCAUCUGGCAAAUCUGGAAAUGGGAUGAAAAAUCCUGGCACUGGCACUGGCGUCAGUAGUGGCAGCAAAAGAAAGAAAAAAGGAAAAAAGCAAUGGUGAUUAAACAGAUCAUGUUUUAACAUACCGGUAAACAUUGCCUUGUGCACUUUGAAGUCAUGAAAAGCAUUAGUUUCAGAGUUGUUAUCUGUUAUUGAUGCCCCAAAAUAGAGUUUGGAGGUCAUUGUAUAGUCCUAUUUUCAUAAUCUCAAGUAUAUUUUUUUGUUGUCCAAUAAUUUUGCUUUUUCAUCCCUUUUAGCCUGCAAAAUACAGCCGUGUGGCAAUGAUCUUUCUGCGUAUGAUUUUCGUAGUCAAUAUGCAAUCUUUAGCAGGUGGGUCUUGUUAACAGUUAUACAAAAAUAUCAUGAUAUCUACCAAGGAAUGUUUUACU